CAUAUUUCUACAUUAGUCAUUGUCAUUGAGAUGGUUAUGGAAUUGGUUUGAAACAUUAGUUGAGGGAUUCGUUUGAGGUAAAGACACAAUAUAGGGGCAAAACAGCUAUUAACUCAAAAUAUGAGCUUCGCACCCGUACCCGAACUCCGAUUGCCCGAUACACAGCAUAUCCCGCCGUCGCCGGCGACGCUCCCCCGCCGAUCGAGGUUUGGAAUUUGGCGCGGAUAUUAUUUUUGUCAGAUAUUUAUUCUUUAAUUCUUAAGCGUAAUUAGAAGAAGCCAACACCACGUGUCUCUUUCCACCCAAUCCUUCAUCUUCAUCUUCUCCUCCCUCCCUUUUCUUCUUCGAUCUUCUUCUCACUCGCUCCCCUCACUCCAACAAUGGAUCCCUUGCGUGGAUUGCACCACCACCACCGCUGCUGCACCCCUGCAUCGCCCGGACUCCACCUGGCCGAUCACCGUUCCAAAUCUCUCCACCGCCGCGGUCGUCAUUCUCCGGACGCUCAUUUGCCCUUCCGCACUCCCAGGAUCUCAUUCCCCCUCCGCCACCACCGACAUGUCCUUCUCCCGAGAAUCGCUUGCCGCUUUUCCCCUCCUGAAACCAGAGAUGAAGAGAGGAUGAACAAAUCCAAUUCGAAACAAAGAGCGGGGAAAGUGCAGCUCAACAUUCGUCUAGAUCACCAAGUUGAAUUUGGUGAGAAUGUAGUCAUUUUGGGAUCAGCCAAAGAGUUGGGUUCGUGGAAAAAGAAGGUGCCAUUGAAAUGGACGGAAGGUGGAUGGGUGUGUAAUUUGGAGUUCAACGGUGGUCAGUCUAUUGAGUAUAAGUUUGUUGUUGUGGACAAGGACAAACGUACUUCGUGGGAAGGUGGCGAUAAUCGGACACUGAAAUUGCCGAAUGAGGGGAGUUAUGAGAUGGUGUGUCGGUGGAAUGCAACUGGGGAAGGUAUUGAUCUGUUGCCUACUGGUUCAGAGCGGAAACAGGAGAGAACUGAGAAAAUAGACCUUGAUGGACCUAGUAGUGCUCCUCCCACUCAUGAUGGUGAGCCGAGCCCUUUUGUUGGACAGUGGCAGGGAAAGGCUGCGUCAUUUAUGAGGUCCAAUGAACAUAGGGACAGAGAAGAAGAUAGGAAAUGGGAUACGUCUGGUCUCGAAGGAUUGUCUCUGAAGUUAGUCGAAGGUGAUCGAAGUGCGAGGAAUUGGUGGAUGAAGCUUGAAGUUGUCCGGGAGCUGAUAGUUGGAAGUCUCGAAAGUGGGGAUCGCAUGGAUGCUCUCAUUUACUCUGCUAUCUAUCUUAAGUGGAUCAAUACUGGACAAAUUCCAUGCUUUGAAGGUGGAGGUCAUCACAGGCCAAAUCGCCAUGCUGAAAUCUCUAGGAUUAUAUUUCGGGAGUUGGAAAGGAUAUCUAGUAGAAAGGAUACUUCUCCACAGCAAGUGCUUGUUAUUCGGAAGAUCCAUCCAUGUUUGCCGUCAUUUAAGGCAGAAUUUACAGCAUCAGUUCCUCUAACUCGCAUUAGGGAUAUUGCUCAUCGGAAUGACAUCCCUCAUGACCUUAAGCAAGAAAUCAAACACACGAUUCAAAACAAACUUCAUAGGAAUGCCGGGCCAGAAGAUCUAGUUGCUACGGAGGCAAUGCUUGCACGAAUCACCAAGAAUCCUGGAGAGUACAAUGGGGCAUUCGUGGAACAGUUCAAGAUUUUCCAUCAGGAGCUUAAGGAUUUCUUCAAUGCUGGAAGUCUUACCGAGCAGCUUGACUCAAUUAGAGAGAGCUUUGAUGACAACAGUCUUUCUGCUCUGACAUUGUUUUUGGAUCGCAAAAAGAACUUGGAUGCUUCUAAAAGGUCAGCCAACAUUAACGAAUUGAUUGAGACCAUGCAGUCUCUGAAUGGUCUUAGAGGUUUAAUUGGAAAAGGUCUUGAAAGUGGUCUCAGGAAUGAUGCCUCUGAUGCUGCUAUAGCUAUGCGUCAAAAGUGGCGUCUUUGUGAAAUUGGUCUAGAAGACUACUCUUUUGUAAUGUUGAGCAGAUUCCUCAAUGAACUUGAAGCAAAGGGAGGGGAUAAGUGGCUUACCGAAAAUGCAGAAUCAAAGAAUGUCAGCUCUUGGAAUGACCCACUUUCUUCCCUGAUUAUUGGUGUUCAUCAACUGGCCUUAUCUGGUUGGAAGUCAAAAGAAUGUACAGCCAUUGAAAAUGAACUCCUUGCAUGGCAAGAGAGAGGUCUCUCUGAGAAGGAAGGAGUUGAAGAUGGCAAGAUGAUUUGGGCACUGAGGCUCAAAGCAACUCUUGAUAGAGCAAGAAGAUUGACUGAGGAAUACUCGGAAGCACUUCUCCAGAUUUUCCCGCCAAAAGUGCAGAUUUUAGGCAAAGCACUUGGAAUACCAGACAAUAGUGUGAGGACAUACACUGAAGCUGAGAUUCGAGCUGGGGUAGUGUUCCAAGUAUCAAAAAUCUGUACAGUGCUUUUGAAAGCAGCCAGAAAUACUCUUGGGUCCCAGGGUUGGGAUGUUCUUGUUCCUGGGGUUGCUGUUGGCACAUUAGUUCAGGUCGAAAGCAUUGUACCAGGAUCAUUGCCGCCAAGUGCAAAAGGUCCCAUAAUUCUUGUGGUCAACAAGGCUGAUGGGGAUGAAGAGGUCACAGCUGCUGGAAGCAACAUAGUAGGAGUUGUGCUUCUGCAAGAGUUGCCUCACUUAUCUCAUCUUGGUGUUAGAGCCCGCCAGGAAAAAGUUGCUUUUGUAACAUGCGAAGAUGAUGACAGACUUGCCGAUAAACAAAAACUCAUUGGGAAACUUGUGAGGCUGGAAGCAUCUUCAAGUGGCGUAACUCUAACUCAGACCUCAUCAGAUAAGAUCACCUACAGUUUUCCUGCUGAAGAUAUUGCAGGCAAUGGUACAUCUACAGUUAACAAAACAGAGCUUCAAGACCCUACUUUCAAAGCCCCUUCAACAAGCCAGGGUGCAUCUGCUGGAGGUGUUAUAUUGCUCGCGGACGCGGACCCAUCGACUUCAGGUGCAAAGGCAGCUUCAUGUGGUCGUUUAGCUUCUUUAGCUGCCGUUUCAAGCGAGGUCUCCAAUGACCAAGGAGUAUCAGCUUCAUUCCAAGUCCCCAAGGGCGUAGUCAUCCCUUUCGGUUCGAUGGAAUCAGCGUUGGACCAAUCCGGUUUGAUCGAAGCGUUCAAGUCGCUUGUGCAACAGGUUGAAGAAGCUAACCUCGAAGGUGGCGAACUUGACAGACUCUGCACCCAACUCCAGGAACUGAUUAGUUCCCUGCAGCUCCCACAUGAAGUCAUGGAUGCCAUCAGCCAAACAUUCCCUGGAACCACCCGACUGAUCGUACGUUCAAGCGCCAACGUCGAGGACUUGGCCGGAAUGUCAGCCGCCGGACUCUAUGAUUCCAUUCCCAACGUCAGUCCAUCGAACCCAGCUGUCUUCCGCGGUGCAGUCAGUCGAGUGUGGGCUUCCUUGUACACCAGGAGAGCCAUUCUCAGCCGCAGAGCAGCCGGUGUGCCUCAAAAAGACGCCACCAUGGCCGUCCUGGUACAAGAGAUGCUCUCGCCGGAGCUCUCCUUCGUGCUCCACACGCUCAGUCCUACCGACAACGACAGCGACUCGGUCGAGGCCGAGAUCGCUUCAGGGCUCGGCGAGACCUUGGCGUCCGGCACGAGGGGAACUCCUUGGCGGAUGUGUUGUGGCAAGUUGGAUGGCUCUGUGAAGACCUUGGCAUUUGCGAAUUUCAGCGAUGAAAUGGUGGUCGGCGGUGGUGGUGCUUCAACCCCUGCAGAUGGUGAAGUGGUUCACCUGACGGUGGACUAUAGCAAGAAGGCAUUGACGGUCGACUCGGUGUUCCGGAACCGGAUCGGUCAGCGGCUCGGUGCGAUCGGGUGGUUCCUCGAGGGCAAGUUCGGUGGACCACAGGAUGUUGAAGGGUGCAUGGUUGGAGAAGACAUCUAUAUCGUUCAAACGCGGCCGCAGCCUCACUAGUUUUGCCUUGUUCAGAUCCAAAGUGUAACUAGAAGAACAUGAUACAUUCUUAUUGCGCUCUACUACAUUCGUCAGAGUCCGAUGAAGUUCGAAAAGAUGCAAAAGCUCAACAUAGUACAAGCUUCAUGAGUUGUACCCUGGACUAAAAAGUCAAACGAAGACUCUGGGAGUAGUCACAGGACUCAGGAGGACUGACAUCAACCUCCUUCAGCACAGUCUGAAGCCCCUACCCUGGGCCGUUUGCCAGGGGAUGCCUCUCGAUCCGAAUUCGGAUAUCGUCCACCAUUUGGAUAUUGGAGAACGGUUCUCCAUCUCCAAUCCAACGGUUAAUAAAAAUGGUUCAUUUAAUAAAUGGUUCCUAUUUGUUAGGGAAAGUGGUGGUGGAUUGUGAGUCCGGCAUACUGAAAAGCAACUGACAAAAAGCUGGUUUUGGGCCCGCGGACUGAAAAAUGAGGUGAUAGAAGAGAGAGAGUAGGGAAUACAAGUUCUUUGAAAAUGCUGAAUAUGAUUUCUGUUUUCUACAAAUAUGUUUUGUGAUCAGUAGCAAUAUGUUUUUUAUUUAGUAAGAGUAUGGUUUUUAAUGCGUGGUAUAUUAUUUUGAAUAAAAGUUAUGAAAAUUACGAAUAUAGAAAUCACACAUAUGGAAUAUGUUUUCUAUUCAAUGCAAAUAUCAUUUUUUGUUUAAUAUGAAUAUGUUUUUCUAAUGUAUAUAUUUGUUCAAUACAAAUAUAACUUUUGCUCAGUACAAAUAUGUAUUUUGUUCAAUACAUGUAUGAUUUUUGUUCAAAAGAAUAUACAUAUACCACUUGUAAAUAGUAUGUAUAAGUUAUAUUUUGUUAAAAAUAAAUGGCCAACAUGUCAACUACUUUUUCAAGUCGUGGGUCCCAUAAUCCACUAUCUAUUACUCUAAUAGAUCCGAGCCUUUAGUUUAAAAGAACACUUUUGUGGGCCGUUGGAUGAGAAUGAAGAACCAUUCUCCAUAAUCCAAGUGAUGCACCAUAUCCUGGUUGUCUCGAUCCCCGGACAUGCAAUGUCCUUCCUCUUCUCCGUCUCCGCCGCAACGGACACCUUGUACGUCUUCUCCACAUCUACAUAUGUACCAACCACAUCAAACACAACUUGUGCACCCUCUCAAGUAACGUUGAUGAUGAACUUGGCCUGGGCGAGUUCAUCAUAGAGUUGGCCUUCGCAGGUGAGUAGGAAUCUGCCAAAAAUCGACCCGGAAUAAAUCCACCCAAAUCGGUGAUUAAUGGACUUAAUCAUCAUUGAAUAAUAGCCUCAGACCGAAUCCGUGACACGUAGCCUUCAAAAUUCAAAGAAAAUGGCAUUUCGUAAACCAAAAUAUUACGAAAAUGCCAUCCGAAAAUAAAUUCGCACAAACCGGUGUUUAAUGCACUUAUCAUUAGUGGAGAAUAGGAUCAAUAGACUUCAUUAUUGGUGGAGAAUAGUCUCGACCUUAUUCUGUGAUCUGUACCCUCUAGAAUCGAAAGAAAAUGACAUUUCGAAAAAAUUGCCCGAAAUCUGUGAUGGGUACCCUUUGGAAUCUGCCAAAAAUUUACCCGGAAUAAAUCCACCCAAAUCGGUACUAAAUGAACUUAAUCAUCGUUGAGCAAUAGCUCAUGCCGAAUCCAUAACCCAUAGCCUUCAAAAUCAAAAGAAAUGGCCUUUUGUCGCCCAAAAAAUUACGAAAAUGCAAUCCGAAAAAUAAAUUGGCCCAAACCGGUGCUUAAUGCACUUAUCAUUCGUGGAGAAUAUGAUCAAUAGACUUCAUUAUUGGUGGAGAAUAGCCUCGACCUGAUUCCGUUAUCUGUAGCCUGCUGAAUCGAAAGAAAAUGACAUUUCGGAAAAAUCACCCGAAAUCUGUAAUGGUACCCCUUUGGAAUCUGCCAAAAAUUGACCAGGAAUAAAUCCGCCCAAAUCGGUGCUUAAUGGAUUUAAUAAUCGUUAAAGAAUAGC